CGCGAGAGUCUAGCGCUCUGAUUGGACCUAGGGCCUGCUUGUCUGCUUGCCCCUCGGGGGUCAGCGGCCACCCCCGGUGCCUCCGCGUUCGGUCCCGGGUCCUCCACGUUCCGUUCCCAGGCGGGUCCGGGCUCCAGUUCCCGGAGGAGCCGCUGCGUCCUCCGGUCGGUUCGCUGACGCCGCCACGCAGGCUAACAUGGCAGAGUUCUCCCAGCACCGGGGGAAGCGGCGCAGCGGCGAAGGACUGGGUGGUGCGGUGGACUUCUUGCUGGCCAAUGCCCGCCUAGUGCUGGGCGUGGGCGGGGCUGCUGUGCUGGGCAUUGCCACCCUGGCCGUGAAGCGGCUCAUUGACAGGGCCACCAGCCCAAGGGACGAGGAUGAUGCCAAGGAGGACGGCUGGAAGGAGCUGAGCCUACUCAAGGCCACACCACAGCUGCUGCGGCCCCCACCUGCUGCCCUCAGCCAGCACGCGUCGCCCCUGGUCCCCGUGCCCUCUGCCCCAGAGGGGCCCGCCGACCCUGAGCCUCAGACAUCGCCUCUGCUCAGCGCCCCGGCUCCACUGUGCCUGACCUUCCAGGAGAAGCUGCUGGCAUUCGAGCGGGACCACGUGACCAUCCCCGCAGCCCACGUGGCCUUGGCCAAGCAGCUGGCCAGCGACAUCGCCUUGGAGCUGCAGGCCUACCUGCGCAGCAAGUUUCCAGAACUGCCCUUCGGGGCGCUGGUGCCCGGCGGGCCGCUCUACGAUGGGCUGCAGGCGGGCGCUGCCGACCACGUGCGGCUCCUGGUCCCACUGGUGCUGGAGCCUGGCCUGUGGAGUCUGGUGCCCGGCGUGGACACGGUGGCCAGGGACCCGCGCUGCUGGGCAGUGCGCAGGACUCAGCUGGAGUUCUGUCCCCGGGGGAGCAGCCCCUGGGACCGCUUCCUGGUGGGGGGCUACCUCUCCUCCCGCGUCCUGCUGGAGCUGCUCCGCAAGGCUCUGGUCGUCUCCGUCUACUGGCCGGCCAUCGGCGGCCUCCUCGGGUGCCUGAUCCGGCCCAGCGUGGCCUCGGAGGAGCUGCUGCUCGAGGUGCAGCACGAGCGCCUGGAGCUCACCGUGGCCGUGCUCGUGGUGGUCACGGGGGGGGGCCUCCUGCUGGCCUGGCCCCUGGAGGGGCUGGCGGGGAACCUCUGGCUACAGGACCUGUAUCCGGCGGAGGCUGCCCGGCUGCGGGCGCUGGAUGACGGUGACGCCGGGACCCGCCGGCGGGCGGCGGCGGUGGGGUGGGGAAAAAAAAGUGGCGUCUGCUGCAGCCACCCAGUCCUGGGGCGGCUGGGCUGGGGCCCCCUGACCCAGGUGGUGUUACGCCUGGGCGAAGAGGACGUGGACUGGGCCGAGGAGGCCCUGGGGGAGCGCUUCUUGCAGGCCCUGGAGCUGCUGGUUGGCAGCCUGGAGCAGGCCAGCCUGCCCUGCCACUUCAACCCCCGAGUGAACCUCCUGGGUGGCUGGCGGGAGGAGGAGAUUGAGGAGGCCGGCUACGCCCUGUACUCCGCGCUGCAGGCCCCCGAGGAGCUGCUCCAGCCAACCGGGGAAGGCGGGGUCCUUGUGUCUGCUGAUCCCGGGAAGCUGCGCACGCCCACCGUCCUGGGCUUCGGACAGCGGUUUUUCUCUUGCUUUUAGCCAGAGCAGAAAGUUACAUGCUGAAGCCCACGGGUCGGCACAUGCCUGGGCUGAGGUCACUGGUCCCCAGCCAGGAGAGCUCGCUGGGACCUGAGCACACCUGGGCACGUGGAGUGCCAGCUGCUCCCACAGGUGCCACCUCGCCCCUUGGGCCACCGCAGGACCAUGGGCUCAGGUCCAUUGUCACCAGCAAUGAAUUCACUGGUGGAACGAGGCUUCUGCUGUCCAGGGCUGGGGGGAGGGCCACCCCCAUUUUCUGCCAAGAGGGGAAUCUCACGUUUCCCCAGGUGCCAGCUCCAGGCAUCAUGCCCAGCUGGUGCCUCCUGCUAAGUGUCACGUGGUUGUUCAGCCUGGGGGCACCCGGCGUCCCUGGAGGACAGUUUGGCUGUAAGGGGAGUGUCUCCCCAGCGUCGUGAGUGCUUGGUCUGCUUGUGAAGCUCUGGAGCAGGAGCGGUCUGCCCGCCCGAUACCUCAGGGGAAGCCCCGUUCCCUUCCUCGAGGGGAGCCUGGUUCAGGCUCCCACCUUGCCCCUGGAGGACAGAGGACAUGCCCUCCCAGAGAGGCCUGGGGCCGCCCUGGCCUCAACAGCGUGCCAAAUGAGCUGCCCAGCCGAUGUCAGUGCUCUGUGAAGCCUGGCCAGGGCCGCAGGAGCUGGAGGGGGAGCCCCUGCCCUUGGUGCCCUUCCUGCCGAAACAAAGCUAUGCCUUGAAAAAUGCCCACAGGAGUAAUAAAACCCUGAUGUCCGUGUGACUCCUGCUGGCUUCCUACACAGCAGUUUGGUGGUUUUGAGUUUGGGAACUUCUGUGGCUUGGCCUGGCCA